CCUGCACAUCGCUGCCACCUCCUCCACAUCCUCCGGGUUGCUUCUCUUUGUUGACGAGCAAUCUUCCGAGCUUUCCAUGCACUGGAGACAAAUCCAGAGCGAUUCACCAGCAGCCCCAAACAAACGUUCCUCCACUCAAACUUUACCAGCUUGAAUCAUUUCAGGCCCCAACAGCUAUGGAUCAUGACCUGGUCUUCGUGGACGAAUUCGACGCGCUGGCGAUUGAAGUGAAAGGCUCGAAAUGCGCGCCCGUGCUUCCUGCCGAUGAGAAAUAUCCCGCUAAAACACAUGCGAGGAAGGUGGCCAAGGAGCUGAAUGUCCAAAGUGGCCUUCUCUACCUUCCAGGCCUGCCCACUCAGCAUUAUGAGGACUCGGACAUGGGCCCGGCGUUUCGUCAGCGCCGUUAUUUCUUUUACUUGACGGGCUCAACCGUGCCGGACGCAGCUGUGACAUAUGACAUUGCCUCGGACAACCUGAUUCUCUGGGUUCCUUAUCGCGAGCCGAGGCAGGAGCUCUACUACGGCAAGAUCCCCGGCAAAGAGGAAUGUCUCGCCAAGUCCGAUAUCGACGACUGCCGCUAUGUUACCUCGGUAGAGCGCUUUAUCUCCAAGCAUCUCAGCAACACGGGCGCCGUCUUGUAUCUUCUGCAUGACACGCAAACCCCGCUUCUCGAACACCAUCGUGGCAGGAUUACGCUCAACACGCAAGCGCUGCUCCCUGCCAUGGACAGGGCACGCGUCGUAAAGACACCGUACGAGGUCAGGCAGAUCCGGAAAGCUACCGCCGUCUCCUCAGCCGCCCACAAGCUAGUUCUCGCUCGCCUGAGGAACUUCAGGAGCGAAGCGGAUGUUGAAGCCACCUACCUUGCGAGCUGCAUAUCCAACGGCUCUCACCAACAAUCAUACGCCGUUAUUGCCGGGUCUGGCCCAAAUGCGGGCACCCUGCACUACGACGCCAACAACGAGUCCCUCGAGGGUCGCCAGGUGAUUGUCUUCGACGCCGGCGCCGAGUGGAACUGCUACGCCAGCGACAUCACCCGGACCCUCCCCAUUGGCGGCUCUUUCACGCCCGAGGCAUCUCAAAUCUACGCCAUCGUUGAUGCCAUGCAGCGCGCAGCGAUCCAAAAGGUCAAGCCGGGCGUCCCGUACCGAGAGCUUCACCUGACAGCCCAGAUGGCCGCAGUAACAGGCUUGCUGCGGCUCGGAAUAUUGAGCGGCGGCAGCGCGCGCGAGAUUUUCGCCUCAGGGGUCGUCUCAGCAUUGUUCCCGCACGGGUUGGGCCACCACGUCGGACUGGAGGUCCACGACGUCCUGUCGGACCGGCUGAUGGGCCACGGGCCGAGCUCCCUGCGCAAGAUCGGCAAGAGGACUCUCAUUCCCGCCGAGUUUUCCGCGGCCAUGAUCCGGAACGGGUCGGACGGGAAGCACACGUGGGACGAGGUCGGGAAACUCGCGGAGAACAUGAUCGUCACCAUUGAACCGGGAAUUUACUUCAACCGCGAGUACAUCAAAGCCUUCGCCGAGGACGAACCAACGCGCGCAAAGUUUAUCGACUUUGGUGUGCUAGAGAGAUACUGGGAGGUUGGGGGUGUGCGCAUAGAAGACAUGAUUCUUGUCAAGAGCGAUGGCUACGAGAUCAUGUCCACCGCGCCCAAGGGCGAAGAGGCGCUACGUAUCAUUAACAGCCGGUGAUGGUGAGGCUUGUUGGAUUUAUGGAGCGAUUUUUAUCAGUGCGCACUUUCAUUUGGGGCCUGUGAGCAAUGGUGAAUGUCGUCCAAGUACACGGGACCCCUCGAGUCGAGGCUUGAGCUUGGUAUGUUUUGUCUGUUUACCGAAGUGUGGAACGUGUUCUUGGCUGCGAGCAUGGAUGGCCGUCACAUUUCGUAGGAAAUCUUGUAAUUCAUGUACUCUUUUAUUUCUAAUAUUUGUUCUCGAUUUUUCCGGUCUAUCCUCCCAGCCACUUUUAAUGCCCGUGAUCCAAUUCGCC